UGUACUCACGAAGAACAAAUAUAAAGGCUUUUUGGAUAAAAAUGGCAAGUUAUGAAGACUUAAAAGGCCCUUUUACAUUGAAAAUGAAGACAGUAAAGCUUAAGAAAACAUUUGGUAGAGCAAAAUUGUUUGAAAUACGCCGUAUUGUACGCAGAAUCAAGCAACUUUCUCUCAAGAAAGGCACAGCACAACAACUCGMCAAGAACAAKAGAAAGAUUGACCGGCUUGAAAAACAACUUGAAUUUCUAAAAGACACAAACUUUSAARCAUUCAAGACCUCGUUAGAUACAGAGGAUGAAUUAAAAGACAGCAAUAUGGCUACUGAAGGGGACAGUGACGUGAAGUCUUUGGUCAUGUCGAAAUUGCUAGAAAUURUUCGAAAAUCGGAAAAGUCMCAUCAACUCGAAAUCAAACAAAAAAACACAAGAAAAUCACCUGAUCCUUAUAAAGAAAACGAUGCUCAAGUUGCGAUUUUACAAGAUGAUUCACAAUUAAUUGAAAACAAGGAGAUAGAGCUGRAAAAUGAAUUUUUCGAUACAAAUUCCCAAGAUCUUGGUAUAGAAAAUUCAAACAGCGAUUCAGAAUCAUUGGACUCUAAUCAAAAGGAUUCACAACUGUUUCUCGAUGAUUCUAUGUCUGUCAGUAGCUUUGGAAAUGGGAAAAGAAAAAGAGGUGAAAAGAAGGAAAAAAUUGAAAGGAAGAAAAAAGAUGUUGAUUUUGAAGACCAUGAAUUAUCAUCUGGCUGUGAGGAGAUUGGUAACAAGCCGACUUUGUCAUUGGAUUCAGUCUUUGUUGAUAGCCUCUCAAGUGGAAGAGACAGGUUGGAUGGGAAACGAAAAACGAAUGGGAAAGGAAAAAGAGGUGUCAAAAGUAACAAAAGGAAUGAAAUUAAGAAAAAAGGAAACCGGCUUGGACAGAGACAAAGAAGGGAACAAUGGAUAAAGCUGUAUGGAAAAAAAGCAAAUCAUCUGAAAAGUGAAAGAAGAAAAGAGGACAUGAAUAAAAAGAGAAGAAAAAUGAACAGCAGAAAUGGAAAUGACAAUGCAACAAAGAAAAUGACAAAGAAUUCCACAACCUUGCAGGGCAGAAGGAAUAAGACUGAUUUGAAUGGGGCAGAAGGAAUAAGACUGAUUUGAAUGGGGCAGAAGGAAUAAGACUGAUUUGAAUGGGGCAGAAGGAAUAAGACUGAUUUGAAUGGGGCAGAAGGAAUAAGACUGAUUUGAAUGGGGCAGAAGGAAUAAGACUGAUUUGAAUGGGGCAGAAGGAAUAAGACUGAUUUGAAUGGGGCAGAAGGAAUAAGACUGAUUUGAAUGGGGCAGAAGGAAUAAGACUGAUUUGAAUGGGGCAGAAGGAAUAAGACUGAUUUGAAUGGGGCAGAAGGAAUAAGACUGAUUUGAAUGGGGCAGAAGGAAUAAGACUGAUUUGAAUGGGGCAGAAGGAAUAAGACUGAUUUGAAUGGGGCAGAAGGAAUAAGACUGAUUUGAAUGGGGCAGAAGGAAUAAGACUGAUUUGAAUGGGGCAGAAGGAAUAAGACUGAUUUGAAUGGGGCAGAAGGAAUAAGACUGAUUUGAAUGGGGCAGAAGGAAUAAGACUGAUUUGAAUGGGGCAGAAGGAAUAAGACUGAUUUGAAUGGGGCAGAAGGAAUAAGACUGAUUUGAAUGGGGCAGAAGGAAUAAGACUGAGUUAAUGCUAGUAAAUAUUUUGAUUGUAGAAAGGAGAUACCUUAAAUCCGCUUUAGGUAUUGCAGAGUUAAUGACAAUGAAACAAUGAUAAUUAGUAUUAUAGAACUACCUUUGAUUGUCAUUACAGUGGAACGCAUCUUGAAGAUCAUUCUGCAAUAAUAUAAUUGAUGCAAUAUUAAAUUUCACAUUUAAUUUCCUGA